GCCGGGGCCCAGACGAGACCUGCACACAACAUGCUGAACCUCAACAGGCCAGACAGCGUCUACAGAUUUUCUUUUGUUUGUACCUGGCCAAUCGUAAAUCAAUCUAACUCUGCCCAUUCCCAUCCCAACCUGACCAACAACAAUCAUUCACAACUCCAGCUGAACGCGGCAAAUCACAAUUGACCUGAACGGAGCCGAUCGCAACCCCAGCCGGCACUACUGUAGCAAGAUGGCGAGCAGGGCGGAGCUAAACGGGUCCCUUCACCAAGAUGCCGGCGGCGCAAGAGCGAACUCCGUCGCUGCUUUGACGUCACCAGACGCGUGGAAGCGGCGAAUGGAGUUUGCGGAGAGACACAUGAGGGAGCGCGGCUGGGCCCGGGGUAAAGGGCUCGGUCAGCGGGAAGAUGGCAUCUCAGAGCCCAUCAAGGUGAAGGUGAAGUGUGACACGGCGGGGAUUGGCCACCGCAUGGGCGAACAGUUCACCUUUCACUGGUGGGACCAUGUCUUUAACAAAGCCGCCGCAAACAUCGUAGUGGAAACUGUGGAGGACGGCGUGGAGGUGCAGAAGGCCGGGAAUACAGAGCAGGAACAAGGACCCGUUAGCAACAAGAAGCCACGGAAAGCCCAGCAAUGCCGGGACCUGCUGUAUGGACGGUUUGUCAAGGCGGCUACGCUAACACCUGACAAGCAGCAUCAGGAGGUGCCUCCGAGUCCAGAGGGGAGCGACAGUGACAGUACCAGUGACGAAGAUGAGAAACUGAACCUCUCGUCAACCACCAGGCUGACCGAUGAAGAGCUGGUCCAGGUCUGCGGAGGCCGCACCGCCCACAAGGGCGCCCGGCAUGGUGUGACCAUGAACGCCAAGCUGCUACGGCUGGAAGAGCAGGAGAAGGAGUUCAUGGCGAAGUAUGGGCGGCAGCAGCGAGUGGCCGGCAUCGUGGCAACAGAAGAUGGAGUGGACCGGGUGGAGGAGAGGAGGAAGAGGAAGAAGGGAAAGCGCACCAGCCCAGCCAAUGAUGUUGGGGCUGAGGGGUGGCUGAAAAGUGAGGAGGGCGUGGAAACUGAGGGCACCGGUCCCAGUUCGCAGGCGGCUGAUGAGCUGGUCCCAAGGAGAAAGGCAAAGCGGCACAAACGCAGACAGGGAGCCAAAGAAGGACCACAGAGCGAGAGCACAGGGGAUGGGAGGACGUGAUCUGUAGCCUCCCUCCCCCUUUGCCUAAGCAGUGGUCCCUCUGUGCCAGGUUUCAACCUUUCCUGCAGUAUCCCUGCAUUUCGGUGGAUCAGUUUGCCAAAUGACCUUACUAAAGACCAUCAAAGCUCGAUGGUUAAAGCACAAGUUACUCCCAUCACACACUUCUGUUGAGCAAUGUUCUGGUAUAAGAAAUUCAUACCGACUCCCCUGAUUAAUCCGAGCAUCUCUAACUUCUGUUUGAUGUCAUGUUUUAGAAUUUUCCCUGGAGUCUGCCCCUCCACCAACAACGUGCAGACUGGCCUGUAUAUAUUCCUCCUGUCCUCCCAACAGAUGAGACUGGCCUGCAGUUAUUCCUCCUGUCCUCCCAACAGAUGAGACUGGCCUGCAGUUAUUCCUCCUGUCCUCCCAACAGAUGAGACUGGCCUGCAGUUAUUCCCCCUGUCCUCCCAACAGAUGAGACUGGCCUGCAGUUAUUCCUCCUGUCCUCCCAACAGAUGAGACUGGCCUGCAGUUAUUCCUCCUGUCCUCCCAACAGAUGAGACUGGCCUGUAGUUAUUCCUCCUGUCCUCCCAACAGAUGAGACUGGCCUGUAGUUAUUCCUCCUGUCCUCCCAACAGAUGAGACUGGCCUGUAGUUAUUCCUCCUGUCCUCCCAACAGAUGAGACUGGCCUGUAGUUAUUCCAUCUGACCACUAAAUGUGUUCUCUCAUCUGUUCAUUGUAUUUUACAUUGUUCCUUUAUAUCAAUGGCUACAUGACAACAGGCAAAGAACUUUACACCUCCACAUUUCAACUGUUGAGUGGCUCUCUAAUAAGCUCCCCUCGUUCCUUUCUCACCUGACCCCGAGAGUUCACAGAAUGCCUUUGCAUUUCUGUUACAUGAUGUGCUGCUACUUCCCACACACCAUCUCAGCAGUACACUGGGGUCAUAGUGUGACAUUUAAUUUUUGAUGCUCCUCAGGGCUUUCUGCUGUAUCUGCCACUGCAAGCCAGUGGUAGAUGGGAGACAGCUACAGUACCCUGCCUUAAACAGGGAGGUUGGACAGAUAGCAAAGAGGCAGUGCCACUUGUUUG